GACAGGUAAGAACCAGUUCAUUUGUUGUUUAGACCCAGCGUGUAGCAAAUAUACUAUUUAGACACAUUUGAAACAGAGUUUAAGAUAUUUUAGACAAAUGUCAGCGCUGCUAAGGUCCUGUCCUCACAGAAUCAGAUCUUUCGAUGGACUCAAACACAAGGCUUGGAAAUUAUGCAGCACAAGUUUGCUCGAGCGAUGCCGGUCCCUCCAUGUGGACAGCCGUCCUCACACACCCACACUGAGCAGCAGCUAUGUGCACGGCACCUCCACCAUCCCUCUGCUCCCCCUGACCGUGGGCCAGACUCUGGACUCCACCGUUCAGCGCUGGCCCGACCGUGAAGCUGUGGUCUUCCUGCAGGACGGCAUCCGGAAAACCUUUGCACAGUUUCAGCAAGAUGUUGACAAGGCAGCUGCAGGUCUGCUCGCUUUGGGCCUGGAGCGAGGCGACAGACUGGGAAUUUGGGGACCCAACACGUACGAGUGGAUCCUCUUCCAGUUUGCCUCAGCCAAAACUGGAAUUAUAAUGGUUUCAUUGAACCCGGCCUAUCAGGUGAAGGAAGUGGAGUUUACUCUAACGAAGGUCCAGUGUAAAGCUGUGCUCUGCCCUACCAGCUUUAAAAGCCAACAUUUCUGUGAGAUGCUGAGGGAAAUCUGUCCAGAGAUUGACUCGUCGUCAGCAGGAAUGAUCAAAAGCUCCAGGGUGCCAGAGCUGCGUAUGGUGAUUGUGACGGACAGCAGACAGCCGGGGAUGCUCCACGUAGACGAUGUGAUGCAAGCAGGGGAGAGUCAGCACCACCAACAGCUGAUGGAGCUGCAGAAAAAGCUGUCCUUCGAUGAUCCCAUCAACAUCCAGUUCACAUCGGGGACUACAGGGAGUCCAAAGGGAGCCAGUCUUUCACACCACAAUAUUGUAAACAAUGCCUACUUUUUGGGACUCAGAAUAGGUUUUAGAGAAAAACCUCAGGUGCGAGUGUGUGUGCCCGUACCUAUGUACCACUGCUUUGGCUCAGUGUUGGGAGGGAUGGCUAUGGCACUGCAUGGCAUCACACUGGUCUUCCCUUCCACUGCCUACAACAGCCGAGCCAACCUGGAGGCCAUUCAGAGUGAAAGGUGCAAAUAUGUGUACGGCACUCCCACAAUGUUCACCGACAUGCUAAGCCAACAGGAUAUACACAAGUACGAUUUGUCAUCACUUGAAGCUGGCGUCAUUGCUGGUUCUCCGUGCCCUCCUGAGAUUGUGAGAAGACUGAUAACAGAAAUGAACAUGAAAGACAUAACGAUAAGCUAUGGAACCACUGAGAACAGCCCCAUCACAUUCCUUGGAUUCCCACAAGACAAUGAGGACCUGAAGAUGAAUACUGUUGGAUGUAUCAUGAACCACACUGAGGCCAAAGUGAUCGACCCUUGUACCGGGGAGAUUGUCCCUCUUGGGGCCUCGGGGGAGCUGAUGAUCAGAGGCAGCUGUGUGAUGCAGGGAUACUGGGACGACCCUCAGAAAACCAGUGAAGCUAUCUCCCAGGACCGCUGGUACAGGACUGGUGACACAGGCAGUCUAAACAGUUUGGGAUACCUUCGCAUUGAAGGACGUAUAAAGGAUUUGAUCAUCCGAGGAGGGGAGAACAUCUAUCCUGCUGAGAUAGAGCAAUUUCUAUAUACACACUCGAAAGUAAAAGAGGUGCAGGUGGUUGGAGUGAAAGACGAGAGGCUGGGUGAGCAGGUGUGUGCCUGCAUCAAGCUGAAGGAGGGCCACACCUCCAGUGCAGAGGAGAUUAGAGCGUUUUGCAGAGGCCAGAUAUCUCACUUCAAGAUCCCGUACUAUGUGAUGUUUGUAGACAGCUACCCUCUGACAGCCUCUGGAAAGAUCAAAAAGAACAUAUUAAAGGAGGAAAUGGAGAAGGAAUUAGGCCUUUAAUUGUGUGGCCCCUGGUGGACUGUGGACAGCUGAGGGAGUCAGACACUGAGCUGCGUUGAGUAAAGACUUUCUUUACCAACAGCUGGACUGGGACUAUAUCACUGAUCAGCUGCUGGCUCGACACUCCCUGAAAUUCUUUUAUUUGUACUUCACACCUCAUUACCUCAGCUUCAUGAUAUGUAAUGACAACCCAGAUACAAGCCAUACAAUGUGACUGCAAGCUUUAAUAAAUGUCCAAUAAGUGUA